UACAUGCAUGCAUACUGCACUUUAACUUGAUGCCCAAGUCUUGAAUAGUCUUUACUCUUUACUAGCUACUUUCUCAACCUCUAUAUAUACACAACUGAAAAUGGACCUUAGCAUCAUAUCAUACUUGACAACAAAGCAAAUAGAGCAAUAUAAUAAAAGCUUAUAAUAUCAGACUCUUCCUACUUGCAACAAAAUAUAUACUACUAUAUAUUCUCGAAAAAUGCCUUCAUUUUCUAGCUUCUUUAGUUGGUUUCCAAGUUCUAAACAUCAGGUUGCUUGUGAAGAAGCAAGCCAAACAAAAACAGAAGAAUCCAAGGGGAACUCGGAGAUCAAGAGAUCGUCGGCGCCAAUUGUGGUGUCUAAGUUUCCUGUUGGAGCAAGAUUAUCUCUUUUGUGAUGAUAAGUUGACCGUGCUUCGUAUAUCCAGGAGUUUUCACCCACUUUUCAUUCUUGGGACAAAACGGAGAUAUUUAGUGUUACAACGACGAUUUCGGAAGGAUCUAGAGGCAUUCCAUAAUGCAUUUUAGCCCAAGCCCAGGUAGAAGGUUCGGAUUGGGGCCGGAUGUGGAUGUCUCCCACUUGCCAGACCAUAACCAACUAUCACAGUUGAAUUUUAAUCUGGACCUAAACCAACCCCCCCUCCCCUCCCAACCUCCUAAUCACAACUUUCAGCCUUUAAGCACUCAACAACCGUCCACGACUCUCUCGCUAUCCCUAGAUGAUCCUAACAAUGAUCGUUCAAUAGCUUUACUUGAAUUGGAGAGGUCAAACUGGUCACAGGGACCCUAUAGGAUUCGUAAUGGUUAUUGUGUUCCUUUAAGACCUUUUAGUUCACGUAGAUCCGAACCUUCUCCCCCCUCCACAAGUGUUAUUAAUCCAGGUGCAGGGACUUUGGCGAGUUUAGUGGCUCAAGGGUGGGCUUUUCAUCCACCGGGGCCAGACGAGCCUGGACCAAGCAACUGGGUUGAAAGGACUAUGGCUUCGCAAGGUAUGCAGGGGCAUGAUGAUCGGACUGUGGCACUCCUUACUGAUACAUAUGAGGGAACAAACACAAAUGCCGAAUUACCUGGACUUCAAAACAUAAACACUUUACUUAAUGACAGGUUUCGUAUCUCACCUCCUUUACAUGCAGAUAUAUUUAAUCCUCUAUUACAGGUCAAUCAUCAGCAAGGAACUGAGAUGGUCUCUUCGCCAUCAGACGACGAGUACUCUCCAACUUCACCAUUACUUUAUCCACUGACUGAUUCUGAUGCAGAUAUGGAUUAUAACUCUGAGAAUGAUGAAAGCUCAUACGAUAAUCAGAUUGUUUUAGGCUUUCCCUGCACUCCAGCUUUCCUCGGUGGUAAAAGGAGAAGGGAUGGGAGCCCAGCCCGCGCCUACUCAGCCGAAAGUUUUUUCCUUUUUUCAGGAACCGAAGACCAGAUUAAACAUAAGAAGAGAAAGAAACAAUACGAAGAAUGGGAUGCCAAAGGAGCCUUCAAUAUCCUGGUGCCUGCAACAGCAAAAAAUUACUCUGCUAAGACAAUUACAGAUCUUUCUAUGGCACGUGAGCUCGGGGUUGAACCAGGUCCGCAGAUUCUGUCUCGCAAACGCCCUGCUAGAGUAUCUCCUUUGGAACCAUCCAGAAACUGGAACCAAAAAAGAAGCAGGACCUCUAGUCCAGACACCCAAGUUACCAGAGCACCAGAUGACAGUGAACGUAUGACGCUACAGUUGACUUUGACAGUACCUCAGGUUGAGGAAUCCGUUGCUAAGGAAGUGGCUGACAGAAUUCAGCCACAACAGUCACCAUGAAGCUUCUCUCCUGGAAUUGCCGAGGACUAAAUGACAGUGAUAGUCCGGCAAUUCCCUAUACUUUUUGGCUAUUGUCACAGUUUAAGCCUUCCUUUUUAUUUUUGCAAGAAACAAAAACACUACUAGAAAAAUGACGAUUUGCGUCCCCUGAUUUGCGUCGCACAGACACGGAAGUGACGCAAAAACCCUAUUUGCGUCGCAUGCCAAAGAGCGUUCGACGCAAAACAUCACCAACCAUAUCAGGAGACGACUAAUAUGCGUCGCACCCUCAAUAUGUGCGACGCAUAUUGUAUUUGUGCGUCGCAUUCUGCUUUGGUGCGACGCAAAAUUGAGGAUAAUGUGCGUCGUACUAGAAGCUGGGUGCGACGCACAAAGGUAAUCCACGAGGCCCACUACCUACCUUUUUAUUUCAUAAACCCUAGCGCACAAAGGUAAUCUCCCUCUCAAUUAUCAGCGCCUCUCCCUCUCAAUUCAACGCCCCUCUCUCUCUCUCAACUCAACUGCUUCUCUUCCAUCUCCGUCGAACAUCUCAAGGACUUCGAUCCGUCGAACAUCUCAAGGACUCCAUCGUUGUUAUGGCCGCAACCGAAAUUCAUCUCAGGCUACUCUCGAAAUUCAUGCCAGGCAGCUCGAAAUUCAUCUCAGGCAACUCCGUUCGUUCGUUUCAUUUCAUUUCAUCUCAGAUUGUUCAGAAACAAGUAGAUAAUGUUUUUCCAAGUUUUUGGUUGGUUGGGGGUAACAUCUGAAGCGUAUCGUGGUUUUGAUGUUCCUGUUAAGAGGUAGAUAUGGACAUAAUGCAAAGUAUUUUUUGCUUAAUUUCUGACUAGUUUGGAAGAAGGUGCAUAUUAUUGAAAUGACCUCAGGAAACUGUGAUUUUUUGUUUGAAAUAAUUUGUGGAAAAUGUUGCAAGCAAGUAAGAUAUUCGUAGUCCCCAUAAUUGUCAGGAAGCAUUGGAGGUUCAUGAUGGGGCUAGCAAAGGAAAGUACACCAUCAGACUCGGACAAGAUUGCAUGGCAUUCAAAUUGAUUGUAUGGUUUAGGGGCAAUUGUUGCAUCACUAUCUCUGAAAUAUAUUUGGUAGAUAAUAGUAGUUAUAACUUAGAUUUAAGCUGACCUCUCGUGUUGUACUUCAACUUAUAAACGAGUAUGCGUGAUUUAAGAUUAGUCAUGGUACACCCUUGGCUCUUAAGGUUGUAAGGAAGUAUGCGUAUUUUGUAAUCUUUAUUUUUCUAUAAUUUUCUUUUUUGAUUUUCUGUAAUUGUAUUUAAUUGAUAUUCUGUAAUUUAUGUAUUCUUUUUUAUGUAA